AUGGGGUCAAAGCUAAAGUCUGAUCAAGUUUCAGCAUGCUUCGACAGAGUGGACCCACGCACUGGUGUUUCGGACUGCCCAAGUAAGAAAUCUCUCUGCACGAACCCAGCAUAUCAACGAGUGUUGUCGGAGCAGUGUCCUCUGACAUGUGGAAAAUGUCCAGGCGUUUUACCAGACCCCGGAAAAUGUUUCGACCGAGUGGACCCACGCACAGGUGUUUCGAACUGUAAUAAGGCGCUUUGCACAAACCCAGCAUAUAAGAAGGUAAUGGAGGAACAAUGUCCGUUGACGUGCAACAGAUGCCCUGGCUCCCUACCAAACCAUUAG